AAAGGGUUUAUUUUUUAUUUUUUUAUACCCUUCAGUCGUUACACGGUGCUAUGGCGUAACGUUAUGUAGAAUUGCAGCUAGUUCCUAGUUCAGUCCACAGUGGUGGAAAAACAAGGAAAUACCGGACCCGUGUCACGCUCAGUAUUAACAGUCUAUGGUCACACUACGGCAAAGAUGGCGCUUCGGGCAGUUGGGAGUCGUUUGUUGCACUUUCAGAAGAACAGUUUCAAGACUGUCUCCAUCCAAACACACAGAUUCAAAAAAACCUGUCCAGUUGAAGUGAGCCAUCUGGAUCAUUUGGUUCUAACAGUGAAAAGUGUACCAGACACCAUCAGCUUUUAUACCUCAGUUCUUGGCAUGGAGGUCAUCACUUUCAAGGGAAACCGUAAGGCCCUGGGUUUUGGGCAGCAGAAAUUUAACCUUCACCAGCUGGGUCAGGAGUUUGAGCCCAAAGCCAAGUAUCCAACCUCAGGCUCUGCAGACCUGUGCCUCAUCACCAAAACCUCCCUGGCUACAGUAGCUGCACAUCUGAAGGUCUGUGGGGUCGAGAUAGAGGAGGGUCCAGUGAAGAGGAGUGGAGCUGUAGGGACCAUCACCUCUCUGUACUUCAGAGAUCCAGACCACAAUCUCAUUGAAGUGUCUAACUACAACCAGUCAACAUUAGAGGGAUCUUCUUGAGAUUUCCUUUGUGGUGUUCAUGAAUACAUCCAACACAAUCUGCUGGACCCACUUUGCACAAUUGGAGUUUCAGUUAUGACGUUUUAGACCAAAAUUGCUGUAAUUCAAACAACACACACUAUUUUUAGACUGGAUAACAUCAGUUGGCUGUACACAGACACUGUUUUCUGUGUAGCUCUGCUGAGCAGGGAUUGCUAUUUUAAUUAUGCGUAGAAAAGGCUGUUUUAGCAAAUUCUUCAAAAAUACUUAUAUGGGCGAUUGCUUUUUUAGCUGAAAAUAAAAGGUUAUAUAUAUAUAUUUAUAUAUACCGCUACUCACAAAAUGUUAGGGAUAUCUGGUUUUUGGGUAAAAUUUAUGGAAAAUGUUCAAGCCACAGUGGUAUUAUCAUGAAAGUAGGACAUUUAAGCAGAAGCAUGCAAUGGUGAUUUCCUCAUCUCAAAAAAUAUACUGAAACAAAAGCCAACAACAGUGGUGGGUAUUCCACGACAAAAAAUGUCAAUGUCUCAAUAACUUGUCAUGUGCCCUUGAGCAUCAAUUAUAGCUUGACAACAACGUCUCAUGCUGUCCACAAGUCGAGUUAUUGUCUGCUGAGGCAUGGCAUCCCACUCUUCUUGAAGGGCGACCCUCAGGUCAUUGAGGUUCUGGGGUACUGAGUUACGGGCCUCAACACGGUGACUCAGCUGAGGUACCCUAAUGAUGCAACCUCGAUGAGCUGGAGCAUUGUCGUCCAUAAAGAUGAAAUUAGACCUGUGUUGUUCAUGCAGGGGCACAAUGACUGGAUUAGUGAUGUUAUUCAGGUAGUAUGGGCUUGUUACUGUACCAUUCAGAAAGUGUAGGGCAGUUCUGUAUUAACUAGACACACCUGCCCACACUGUAACACCACCACCACCAAAGGGUCGUCUGGUCUGAACCAGGAAAUGUAUUGGUCGAUUCAUGGAUCAAACACCUGGGAAUUUUGCCAUUAAGCUCCUUGUUAGAGAACAGCAAGUUGUGCAGAAAGUACUGAAACAUUGAACUGUUGGACAUGCACAUUCAGAAGUUUAGAGAAGGUCAUAUUAAGUUCACCUGUAAAGGUUAUGGUGGAUUUUAGGUUCAUCCUGAAAUUUCACCCGAAAGCCGAAUAUCCCUGACUGUGUGUCCCACAUUUACCAUGGCCCUAGAGCAAAGCUGUG